CAAAGUCAUAUCCAGCAACAAUAACACAUACACACACAGACGAACAGACGGACAAAGAAAGGCCUAAUACCCGUAAUGUUGUCAGCUAGCCAGCCUUUCUCUUAGGGGCUGAACCACUUUUUCGCAUUCGAAACCAAUAACAAAAACAACAACAACGACGACGACAACUGAGAAGACGACUUCAACGAAAAAAGUCAGAACAGCAGGAAAUUAUCGAUUUUCGCAUGAGCGAGUUGAGAAAUUCAGCAGCAGCAGUAGUUGAGGAGAGUUUCUAAAAGACGACGACAACGACGACGACGAAGAAAAAAAUCGGAACAGAAAACUUUUAAGUUUUUUUUGCUUGGGUUUGUUGAGUCAAAGUUUUUUCCGUUUUCGGUUGCUGGUCGAUUUUCACAAAUCCAAUUGAAAUGAUUUUGAGAUUAGAAUAGCAGCAGCGCCGUCGUUUCGUGUGAAAUACCAAAAAAAUCGAACCAAAGAAAUAAAUAUUUCAGGUGUUCGGGCCAUUUGUGUAUCCAUCCACAACACAGCAAAGGCAGGCAGGCAGGCGAGAACGAAAAAAAAACGCAGAAAUAGCCCAACAACACCAACACAAUGGCCGACACUGAAUUCGAGGAAUUCCAUCGACCAAUCUUCGAGACCCAUACAAUACCCUAUGCCAGCAGUGCUGUGAGUGGAGUCAAGAAGUCAAAUCCGCAUACAUUUUAUUCCCUUAUACCCAAUAAUGACAUCGAAGACUCGCCAUCUUCGAAAAGUGAUACCUCCGAUCAGGAGGACAAUAUCGACAAUUGCAAUAACAACAAACUGAGUCGUCAAGUCGAAGAUGAUGAUGGCCUCAAGGUGGUCUCAUUAUCCUCAGAUGGCUCAUUGGACACAAAUGAUUCCUUUAACUCCCAUCACCAUCAUCCCCUCAAUCAUCAGGAUGCCAUUGGUGGGCUCGUGGGCAUUGGGUCCAGCAAUGCCCAUCAUCAGGCCAAUAACGGCAGUGGUGGUGGCCAGACUCCAUCGCAUAACAUGAUUAUAACUGGACUCAACAAUCAACAGCAAAGACGUCGCAGGAAAUUGCCGGAAAUUCCCAAAAAUAAAAAAUCUUCCAUUCUACAUCUUUUAGGUGGCAAUGUUGGUGGUAGCGGUGGCGGAGGUGGCUCCGCCGGCGGUAACGGUUAUGACCAUUCCAGCUUGGCCGACGAAAUGUCUUCGGCACGCAAUCGCAACGGCACCACAAACGCUGGUGGACGACAAAAUCAACGAUCAUUUCUAACGCUCAAACACAGUUAUCUUCUGGACGAAGAUUCCAGUCCCGAUUCGGAACGUCUGCAAAGUCUGGGCGAUGUGGACAGCGGUCACAGUACCGCCCACUCGCCCACCGAUUUUAAGAGUAUGUCACCACAAAUCACUUCCCCCGUAUCGGAAUCACCUGUGCCCCAGCCCUUUGGCGGGGUGCCAUUUGCUCAGCUGGAAAUGCUCGAGGCAACGCAUCGGGGUCUGCACAAGUUCAUACCACGUCACAACGAUGAGAUUGAAAUCGAAAUUGGGGAUCCGGUCUAUGUCCAGAAGGAGGCCGAUGAUUUGUGGUGUGAGGGCGUGAAUUUGCGAACCGGUCGCCAGGGUAUAUUUCCCUCGGCCUAUGCCGUGGACUUGGAUUACAAUGAAUUCGAUCCGACGGUGCAGCAGGUGAAAAAGGAACGUUAUCUGUUGGGUUAUUUGGGUUCGGUGGAGACACUGGCCCACAAGGGCACCGGUGUGGUGUGCCAGGCGGUGCGCAAGAUUGUGGGCGAGUAUGGUAAUUCGCCCACAGGGCAAGUGUGUAUAUUGGAAAUAUCGGAUCAAGGCUUGCGUAUGGUAGAUCGUUCUACGCCCAAUAACAAAAAGGAUAAGAAACCUUGCAUUGAUUAUUUUUACUCGCUUAAGAAUGUCUCCUUUUGUGCAUUUCAUCCAAGGGAUCAUCGUUUUAUUGGCUUCAUAACCAAACAUCCAACUGUGCAGCGUUUUGCUUGUCAUGUUUUCAAGGGAUCCGAAUCGACCAGGCCUGUGGCAGAGGCUGUUGGACGUGCUUUCCAACGUUUCUACCAGAAAUUUAUUGAGACCGCUUACCCCAUAGAGGACAUUUACAUUGAAUAAAUUAAGGCAGAAAAACGCAAAACCAAACCAACCGAACAACCGUUACUUUUCAUAUCGUUUCACAGUAUUUCUUCGGUAUAUGAAAAGUCAAUACAUACAUAAAGUAUAUAAUAUGUAUAUGUAUAUAAUAAAUAUAUAGGUACAAAACUUACUUACUUUCAAAACUCCCCCCUCUUUCUCGUAAUAUGCGUGGACUAGAGUCCCCCCUCUGAGAGAUAAAUGAAAUUAGAAAGACGAAAUGAAACUGAGAAUAAUAAAAGAAUGAAAGCCAACACAAUUUAAUCAAAUAAAACCUAAAGACAAGAGCAUAUUUGAAAGGGAUUUAAGAGGCCACA